AUGCCUGACAAGAAUUUGGUCACGUGGGCUUGCUUGAUUUCUGGUUAUACCCAAAAUGAAAUGCCCUAUGAUGCGUGUGCUAUGUUUGGGAGAAUGGUAUCUUCCGGAUUCAUUCCCAAUCAUUAUGCUAUUGGAAGUGCUCUGAGGGCUUGUCAGAGUUUGGGAGUUGAUGGUCUGAGAUAUGGAAUGCAAAUCCAUGGUUUCAUUUCGAAAACUCCUCACACAUUUGAUGUGAUUGUGUGCAAUGUGUUAAUUUCGAUGUAUGGGAGUUGUAUGGGUUCUGCGGGUGCAAAUUAUGCUAGUCGGGUUUUUGAUGGAAUAGACAAUAAGAAUUGUAUUUCCUGGAACUCUAUUAUUUCAGUUUACUCGCAGAGGGGUGAUACAUGUUCUGCUUUUGUUCUCUUUUCUAGUAUGCAAAAGGAGGGUUUGAGGUUCAGUUUUAGGCCUACCGAGUAUACUUUAGGCAGCUUGAUAGCUGCUGCAGCCGCAUCCUCUUGUGUUGAUAGUGGUCGGUCAUUGCUCGAGCAGAUGUUGGCAAAAAUUGUAAAGUCUGGAUUUUUAGGGGACCUGUAUGUUGGUAGUGCUUUGGUGAGUGGUUUUGCCAAGUUUGGGUCAGUGGACACUGCCAAUAAGAUUUUUCAGCAUAUGGGUGCAAGGAAUGCAGUGUCCAUGAAUGGAUUGAUAGUUGGAUUGGUGAAGCUUAAGCGAGGAGAAGAAGCAGUUGAGGUCUUUAUGAAAAUGAGAAACUUGGUUAGAACAAAUUCUGAUUCUUUUGUCACUCUUUUGAGUGCCUUUGCUGAGUUCUCGUAUUUGGAAGACGGGAAAAGAAAAGGGAAAGAAGUGCAUGUGUAUCUCAUACGAACCGGCAUCAUUGAUUCUAAGAUCACUAUUGGAAACAGUUUGAUUAACAUGUACGCCAAAUGUGGUGCAAUUGAAGAUGCAUGCUCUGUUUUUAAGUUGAUGUCUUGCAAGGAUUCCGUGUCAUGGAGUUCUAUGAUCUCUGGUUUUGACCAAAAUGAUCGUUUUGAAGAUGCGUUGUUUAGUUUCCGUGCAAUGAAGAAAGCUGGACUCAUCCCAUCAACUUUUACACUGAUUAGCGCUUUGAGUUCUUGUGGUAGUCUAGGUUCGAUCUGGAUGGGAGAACAAAUACAUUGUGAGGGUAUUAAAUUGGGACUUGAUUUGGAUGUUUCAGUAUCGAAUUCUCUUCUUUCCAUAUAUUCUGAUACCAGAUAUGUUGCUGAGUGCAGGAAAGUUUUUUCAUAUAUGCCCGAAUAUGAUCAGGUGUCAUGGAAUACAAUUGUAGGAGCAUUCGGUGAUUCUGAAUCCUCUAUUAUUGAUGCUGUAGUAUAUUUCAAAAAAAUGAUGCAAGUUGGAUGGAUUCUUAACAGCAUAACCUUCAUAAACAUCCUUUCAGCAGCAACAUCUCUUUCCCAUUUUGAAUUUGCACGCCAGGUUCAUGCACUGGUGUUAAAGUACCACCUUAUGGAUGAUAGUGCCAUUCAGAAUGCACUACUCUCUUGCUAUGGAAAGGUCGGAUUGAUGAAUGAUUGUGAAAGCAUAUUCUCUAGAAUGUCGGAGAGGCGAGACGAAGUCAGUUGGAAUUCCAUGAUAUCUGGAUAUAUACACAACGAACUUCUAUCUAAGGCCAUGGAAAUAGUGUGGCUUAUGCUGCAUAAUGGUCAAAGAUUAGAUCGGUUCACCUUUGCCACUGUUCUCAUAAGGAAGAAUUUGACAGGGGGAAUUCCUUCGGCUUUGACGAAGUUGAGCAGUUUAGUGGAGUUAUGGCUUGAUGAGAAUUCAAUGCCUGGUUCAAUUCCUAAUUUUUUUGGAUGCCCAAACUUGAAAAAAUUACAUCUUGAAGAUAAUCAAUUGGCUGGCGAGCUACCUUCCUCCUUGGCAGAUCUACCAAAUUUGAAUGAAUUGUAUGUUGAGAACAAUAUGUUGUUUGGAAGAGUGCCACCUAGACUUCUUGAUCAUGAUCUGAUUUUAAAGCAUCUAUUGCUAUUAGGUUCCACCGGGAUUUGA